UUUUUAGUACAAAGCAUCUUGACGCAUUUACUUUGUUUAUAAUUUCAUAUUUGCUGUUUUAAACAAAAAUCCCUAGGAACGCUAACAUGUCCGACGAAGAAUUUGGCAUCUGCCCUUUUAAUAACAGUCAUCGCAUUGUUCUCUAUCGUAUGCCUGCCCAUAUAGUAAAAUGUCGCAAAAACUACAGUGGACCACCAUUGGAACAGUGUAUUUAUAAUGCUACUCACUAUGUACCCAUGGGUACUAUGCAAAGUCAUUUGCAACAAUGCAGAGAUUGUUAUCGUUUUAAUCAAACAAAAUAUGUGGAAAUUGCUGCAAAAUCUAUAAAGCAAGAUGUUUAAAUAGGACUGGAUGGGCAGGCAGCUUCAUCGUUUAUACUUGACUUUUUAUAAGAAAAUGUAAUAUUAUUA